AUGGUCUCCCCACCCCCAACCCUAAUCUUCAACUACGACAUCUCCUGCCCCUUCGCCUACAUAGCCUCGACCCGUGUGCAAUCCCUCGCCCAGCGCACAAAUGCAACACUCAUCUACCACCCCGUCCUCCUCGGCGCCAUCUACCGCGCCACCGCCGCGCCCCAGGGCGCCGGCGGCAGCGCAAGCGACGUCUUCAACUCGACCAAAAAAGCCGUAACGGGACAAAGCAUGCAACGCACCCUAUCCCGCUACCAAGUCCCUUACCACCCCCCGCCCAAGCACCCCCGCAAAACAGUAAAUGCGCUGCGCAUGCUUUACUGCGUCGCAGACCAGGAUAAGAGAAGGAAACUUACGGAUCGCCUCUUCCGCGCGUACUGGGUUGAAGGGAGAGAUGUAAACGACGAUGCCGUCUUACUUCAGAUCGCGGCGGAAGCAGGGGUACAGGGACUUGAUGCGAGUUGCUUUGCUAAUCUGGAGGCGAGAAGGGAGUUGGAGAAAGAGACGGGGUUGGCGAUUGAGAGGGGGGCGUUUGGGGUACCUGGGUUUUGGAUUCCGGGGGCUGGAGAAGGGGGGGAGGGAAGGUUUUUUUGGGGACAGGAUCGUAUGCAUUUUGUUGAGGCGACGUUGCUUGGAUUGUCAUUGGCGGGGGAGGAUGCGAAGGGAGGGCAGGAUGCGUGGACCCAAGUGAAGAAUUUGCGGGCGCUGCUUCCUCGGGUUGUGCAUUCGAAUCAUUUGCAUCUUGCGAGUACGCCGGCUGUUAAACUGGAAUUCUGGUUUGAUUUCUCGUCGCCGUGGGCGUUUUUGGGAUAUACGCAGCUUGCGCGGUUACAGCGUACGUUUGGGCCUGGACUGGAGAUUGUGCUCAAGCCGUUCUUGCUGGGUAUCUUGUUUCGCGAGAUAGGGGCCCCGAAUAUGCCGAUGAUGGCGGUUAGUCAGGUGAAGGCGAUGUGGUCGAGGCGCGAUCAUGCGGAUUGGGUGAGGUGGUGGAAUGCGGUUGAUGUGCAGGAGGGACAGCAGCAAGGUCUUCAAGGGAUGGAUGGGCCGAUCAAGUUUUAUUGGGCUGAUAAGUUUCCCAUCCGUACGCCGACAGUGCUUAGAGUGGGGAUCGUGGAGCCGGCGGCGACGAAAGUCUUGUACUCGGCAUGUUGGGAGCAGAACAAACAUGUAGCAGACGAGUCUGUACUUCAAUCGGUUCUCGACGAGGCAGGGUUCAACGGUGCUGAUCUCAUUAUGCGCGCCAAUAGCCCUACCAUCAAGGAGAAACUACGGGCUCUGACAGCUGAAGCCAAAGAACUGGGACUUUGCGGUGCACCCACUUACCGCGUGUUGAGACGGCAACAGAAUGGAGAGUUCAAGCCUGCAGGCGGCUUGGUGUGGGGACAAGAUGAGAUCAAUGUUGUUGAGGACUUGAUUGCUGGAUGGUCACCUGAGGCGAGUAACGGCCAGAUCGCUGAAGUAGGGAAGGUCAGCUAUGAGGAUGUACAAAGCGGAAAGGGUGUCGGUGCUAAGUUGUGA